AUGGCCCGAGCCGGAAUGCAACCGAUGCCAAACGGGGGCCUCCCAUACCUACGUCGUACGUCCUUUCUUAAGGUUUUCUCCCGCUUGAACAACAUGGUGGAAUUGCGGAUACCGGCUGAUUUUGACGCGUUGUAUAGCCCAAGACUUCCACUGGAGUGUAGAUUAGUAAGGCCAAACGGUAUUGGGUGGACAUUACAACUCUUUAGGCUAGGGUCUGGAUCGCGCUUCCGUGACGGUUGGCCGGAGUUUGUUCACGAUAAUCUAUUGAAGCACGGUGACUUUCUCACAUCCACCCUAGCCGAUGUUGGCAUUUUCCACGUCAAGAGAUACGACGUGCGCACCGGCGUUCCUCCGUUAACCGACAGUGAAGAUAUUGGGGACGUUCCGGAUGAGGAAUAUCUCGUCGACGACGUCGACACCACUGACGGUUACGAGCCAUCUGAUUGUGACAUGGAUUCUACUGAUGAUUCGAGCUAUGAGGACGAUAACGAUGCUCUGGACUUGGAUGGUCGGCCUACGUUUGAUGUCGCGAUCACGACUUUCCACUUCACACGCACGUUCGAGAUACCGUUCGGUUUUUGGCGACGACAUAUCCUAAUGGGGGCACUGCAAGCGCCCGUGUACUUUCUCACGACCGAGAAUACGUGGAUAUUGUCACUCAUGCACAAGGACUCCAAAAUUUGGGUCAAGAAUGGGUGGAAGCAGUUCAGGCAUGACAAUGGGCUAGUGGUCGGGGAUCGUCUUCAUUUCACACUUGUUAAUCCUCUUGAGGUCACCUUCUAUGUGUGGGUUGAGAAAGCUUAA